AUUCGAUGUGACAAAUCUAUUCCGUGCAAAUCGUGCCAGCGCAGAGGAUGUGCGGCACUAUGCCCUAAUGGGAGCCUUGCGACCGGGCAGGGGACACGAUUUGUCCUCGCCGCUACAGAGCAUCUCCACAAGCGAAUAGCCAAGAUGAAGGAACGCAUACGCCAGCUCGAAGAUGCUCUGGCCAUCCUACAGGCCAAGGGCUCGAAUGAGCCUCACCCGCUCCUGCGCGACGAGUUGCUAAGCGCGAAUACGGAGCAUGACGAAGAGGAAAUGACAGAGGUUGAAUCAACGCCCAUCAAUCCGCCGGACAUCAUCGACGCCUUCGGCACGCUGUCUGUUUCAGAGCAUGGCGUCUCCCGUUUCUUCGGUCCUACCGGGGGUGCAGAGUAUUUGUUAUGUAACGACAACGGCACCUCGUUAUCGGACGAUGGACAGUGCUCAGAGCGAGACUCCAUGACGCCGCCGAUACACGGCGAGCUAGUGCGGUUCUCUAUAGCGUUCCCGUUCACACCAAUAGGUUCGACUGUCGACGUGCGCCGCCUGAUCGAGAGCCAUUUACCACCUUGGGACAGAGCCACGCAUCUCGCAGAAUCGUACCUUACGAACGCUGCUUGGCUUUUCCAGGGCCUGACUCGCGAACAGCUUGUCGAUGAAAUGUUGCCCGCCAUUUACAAGCGGCCACGCCCCAAUAUAUCGGAGGAGGAUGUUCCGUAUCAGGAUUACUCAGGUCCACACGACCUCGCGCUGCUCUUCCUGGUCUUUGCCGUCGGCGCGCUCGUCGACCUUAGUCAGGAGCCGUACAAUGCCGAGGGCGAGCAUUUUCACAUUCUCGCUAAGGCAUCGCUCUGCCUGCAGCCCGUGCUCGAGAAGCCGUCUCUUGUCGCCAUCCAGGCGCUGUACCUGUUGAGCGUGUACACCGCCAUGUGCGGCAGUGACAAAGAGACGACCAUGGAGACGACGUGGUCGCUUGUGACAUUGGCGGCUCAGCUAGCUCAGAGUAUCGGCCUUCACAGAGACAGUGCGCGCUGGGGACUUCCCGACUAUGUUGUCGAGCGACGGCGCAUCUUAUUCUGGGACCUCUUCAUCACAGACGUAUGGCAGAGUCUAACCACCGGUCGCCCGCCCUCGUUCUCGAGGGAUUACAUCGAUUGCAAAUUUCCAGGCUCGUCAGACCAGAUUCCGGAAGAGGAACCGGAGACCAAGCAACCAGGGACUAAAGACUAUGAUCAGUUGGCGCCGCGGUUCGCAUUCCAAGUUGUAGCUGAGGUCGCGUCGCGCGCACUUGCUGCGGAGCCGCCGUCUUACGCUGCCAUCAUGGAGCUCGAUCGCAAGGUGCGCGAGUUCCCAGUGCCGCCAGACGUCGUCGCGUUUGUCGAGGAGAUCAAGGCUCCGUCGGACGACGAGGACCCGAUACCACUUUCCGUGUCCAUGGGCCGGAUGGUCAUGUCGCACUGCCGCGAAAUCAUCCUCCUGUGGAUACAUCGCAGCUUCUUUGCCCAGGCGAUCAUCGACUGCCCUUCGAAUCCGCUGCGGAGCACGUACGCGGCGUCCUUCCUUGCGUCGUACCGCGCGAGCGUGACGAUCCUCAAGACGAUCAAGAAUCAGUUCGAGAAGUAUCCCGCGCUGUGCUCGCGCUUCUGGCUCAUUUGGACGUAUGCAUUCUCUGCCGUCGUCGUGUUCGGCACUGUCGUCACUCGUGGCCCACGCUCGCCCCUGGCGGGGUCGGCCGUCCAGCAGUUGGAUGCAGGUUGCGAGCUGUUCGAGCGGGCUGCAAGGCACAGCCGACGGGCUGCCAAAGCCUUACCUAUUCUGCACAAACUGCGCGACAAGGCACAUGCAGCGCUGUCUGGUGGUGGGAAUGAUCCACGCGGCGAUGGCACGUUGUGGAAUAUCAAGAUCGAGGACGGGGACGACGAGCUCGACAUCUUCGCCGGGCGUACUCGCCUCGUCUCCUCAAAGCGGCCGUCUCCGUCACCCGUGUCCUCCAACUCGGAAUCUCACCCGGCACAGACUUAUGUUCCUCCGUCUCCCGCUACCCAGCAGUAUGUAUCACGCCCACAACAACAGCCUAUUUAUCCUCCAUCUUUAUCUCCUCUGCCGCCGCUGCGUGUGCCUGAGACCACCGGUCCUGGCCAGGCGCCGUCUGCGGUCAAGUGGAUGCCACCGCAGAACGCCCAGACAUACGGCUCGUCUGAGGUGUACGUCCAACACCAGGCCGCCCCGCGCCAGGAGGCGUACUAUCCCGCGUCUUCGUCGUAUCCCGUUUCCGCAUACAGCUGGUCCCCCGGCGACUCGUCGCAUGUCAACCAGCUGUCACCUCAGGCACACCAGCGACAGCACCAGCAGGGGUACCCGAUGCAGACGCUGCCUCCUCCGCCCCCACCGCCCAACCAGUACAGCCAGGGAGUUGUGUCGGGGCACUACCCCGCUGAGGGCUACGCAGGCAUGCCCGCGCACGGCCGCGCGGUGCCCACCACGCCGAGCCCAAGCUCGUUUGUGCCGCCGCAGGAGCUCGUGAACCUCGGGCUCGCCUCGCGCGAGUCGCGCCUUGACGAGCGUUGGACGACAUUCAUGCACGAGAGCGGGUACCUUGACGGGUUGAACCAGGGCCCCGGCGGUGGGAACGCGUCGUACUAGACCUUUCCUGGAAGUGUGCCGCAAGUGACUAUACUCGUAUCGCUCUUACUCUGCCUAUAUAUCUGUGCGUCGUCCUUUACUACUUAUCGUUAUUGUACACUGUGGACCGGACUCGACGUGUCCCCAUCUGAUUCGCGUUUUGUCGAAUCACACUGCUAUCCCUUCUACAUAGACUGUACAAUAGGACUGGUAUAUAGGAAGUCUGUUGGAUAGUACAAUCUACUGUGUUUCUGCA